CUCACAUUGCCACAUUCGCAAUGUACGAAAGUGAAGAGACCCGCUUGCGACUCGACCAAGAAGCAAGAGAUCGCUGCUUGGAGGUAUGGCGGCUCACAUGCAGGCUGUGGAAGAGGCAGAAGCAUCUGGCAGUACUGGUGACAGAGGCGCCUGGAAAUGGAAGAUUCGUCAAAGGAUUUGGGAUUACAUGGAGGAGAACGAUAUCGCAGCAAAUCCGCGGCCAGUGCAUCACCGCAUCCCCAACUUUGUCCAAUCAGAGCUCACAGCGAAGCAAGUGGCAGCCCUCCCUGAGUUUCAGAGCGCCAAGUGGGUGAAAGUCAACCCGGACUCGCCACAGGCUGAGGUCCGCGCGACGGUGCUUCGAUCUGGGAAGAUGUUGCUGGUACCGCAGCCAAGGCUCCGGACAGGUUUUUUCAGCCUUUUGGAUCCGCAAAAGAUCCCUCCGGAGAAAUAUCGCUACGCAUGCACACAAGCCGGCGUUGUGGAGUAUGGUCAACCCAUCGAUUUAGAUGCAGACAUCAAGGUUGAUAUGGUCAUCAUCGGCUCUGUAGCAGUCAAUCCUGCAAAUGGUGCUAGACUGGGAAAAGGAGAAGGUUUUGCUGAGUUGGAAUACGGCAUGCUGCGGCUGAUGGGCGCCAUUGAUGAUGAUACCCCAGUUUUGAGUUGUAUUCAUGAUUGCCAGCUGGUGGAUGAUAUUCCCGCUGAAAAGCUUCUUUGUCACGAUGUUCCUGUUGACAUCAUUUGCACUCCAAGUCAGACCAUCCGAGUACCACGUAUUUUGCCCAAGCCCAAAGGAAUUUAUUGGGAAAAGCUUUCUCCGCAGAAACUGGGCUCCAUCUUAAUCUUGCAAAAGCUCAAAGCGAAGUUGGAGAGAGAGGCUGGCCAACCUCUACCCUCAGGGCCUGACGAGAUCUUGCCACCUACGGCCAAGAGAGACAAAGGGAAGGGCAAAGGCGGAAAGAGCGGAAAAGGGCCAAAAGGCACCGGAAAGACUGGCAACUCCCAGGAGCGCAAAGGACAAGGAAAGGUCAAGGGAAAGGGCAGAGGUCAAGACCAGGGAGGCAAAGGCAGCAAAGGAGAUUGUGUUGAAGGCAAAAAUUCCCAGACAGGACCCAGGGACCCUCCGAGGCGGCGAUGGCAACCAAAGUCUUGAGAAAGAUUUCUGCCCUAGUUUUGUUCUGUCCUGGAGCCUGUGUUUUUUAGGAGGUGAGCACAAGGAAAGUGUCCAGAGCCCGCAUUAAUUCGUCAAGCUGGACACGGAUGAGACAAUCAGCUGCCAUGUUGCACACGGCUUUACCAUGUCUCAUGGCUCAAGACGAUUCCAUUAUUUUACCCCUCAGGCGUCAUGCGGUACGUGUAUCUUAUUAUUCUAUCGCUGAAGCCGUCAAGCCAGAGUGAAUUGUGUUUGGCGCAAAAUCGCUGUAAAAAGCAUGUUUUCAUAUGUUUUCUACAUGCAAGGCGUCUU